UCUUUGUUUUACGUUUGGGAGGAGGUGGCAUUGAAAAGAGCAGAGUGCUUCGCGGUAGCAGGGGUUGGAGUGCAAUGGUGUGAUCUCAGCUCACUGCAACCCCUGCCUCCCAGGCUCCAGCGAUCCUCCCACCUCAGCCUCCUGAAUAGCACUUGGCAAACCCACCCCGCCCACGUCUCCCUUGGGAAUUCAGACCUAACCAUCGCUGAGCUGAAGUACAAAUGUACUGAGGCUGGAGCCUGUGUGAACAGAACAGAAGAGGCCUUCACUCUAGUAGUGCUCACGGUCCAGCAGCAGGUGUUUGCUGAAGACAACUUACUCAGAUCACUACUGCCUGGAGGUGGUUGAUAUAUCCUGGUGUAAACCUUCAAGAAGGACACAGGCAGGAAAACAUGAACCAGCAACUGAAGAAACUGGCAAAGACGAGACGCCAGAAAGGCCUGGGUGGAAGAGCCCCCAGUGGGGCUAAGCCCAGGCAUGACAAGGCAAGCCAAGACCUGCAGGCGGAAAUAGAACCUGUCAGUGUGGUGUGGGCCUUAUGUGAUGGCUAUGUGUGCUAUGAGCCUGGCCCUCAGGCUCUCGGAGAGGAUGAUUUCUCAGACUGUUACAUAGAAUGCAUCAUAAGGGGUGAGUUUUCUCAACCCAUCCUGGAAGAGGACUCACGUUUUGAGUCCUUGGAAUACCUAAAGAAAGGAUCGGAACACGAGCUUUCUCAAAAGGUUCUCGAAGCAAGCUCCCUUCUUGAAUGUUCUUUGGAAUACAUGAAAAAAGGGGCAAAGAAAGAGCUUCCUCAAAAGAUAGUUGGAGAGAAUUCGCUUGAGUAUUCUGAGUACAUGACAGGCAAGAAGCUUCCGCCUGGAGGAAUACCCGGCAUUGACUUAUCAGAUCCUAAACAGCUCGCAGAAUUUGCUAGAAAGAAGCCCCCCAUAAAUAAAGAAUAUGACAGCCUCAGCGCGAUCGCUUGUCCUCAGAGUGGAUGCACUAAGAAGUUGAGGAAUAGAGCUGCCCUGAGAAAGCAUCUCCUCAUUCAUGGUCCCCGAAACCACGUCUGUGCGGAAUGUGGGAAAGCGUUCGUUGAGAGCUCAAAACUAAAAAGACAUUUCCUGGUUCAUACUGGAGAGAAGCCGUUUCAGUGCACUUUUGAAGGGUGCGGAAAACGCUUCUCUCUGGACUUUAAUUUGCGUACACAUGUACGCAUCCACACGGGGGAGAAACGUUUUGUGUGUCCCUUUCAAGGCUGUAACAGGAGGUUUAUUCAGUCAAAUAACCUGAAAGCCCACAUCCUAACCCAUGCAAAUACGAACGAGAAUGAACAAGAUGGAAAGUAGUCCUCCAUCAGGAUAAAGCAUGUUAACAGAAGAGUGAUGAGUGACAAACAUGCCUCACUGAUUAUUGUUUCUAGGAAGGAAUUUUUAAAUCAAUAUUGCAACCCCAAAAGCAGGUAUAAUUUGGUGUUACUAAGAUGCUCCUACACUUUGUGAUACCGUUUUAAGAACAUGGUGUAUUUUUUUUUCUUUUUUGUUUUAUUUAGAACUUUGUGUAUUCUUAAAGUGUGCUUCCAACAGGAAAGUCAGUGAUAAAUUGACUUCAAAAGCAUAACCUUUAAUAUAUUAUCUGUUGGAUUAUUGGAUAUGACUUAUUUUCAUGUACUGUAAAUAUGAAAAUAACUUUGAUUUUUAAUUGUGUAGUUUCCAUUUCUUAGCUUUUGUCUUUUAAAUUUAUACUUCAGCCAGGCAUAGUGACUGACGCCUGUAAUCCUAACACUUUGUUGGGAGGCCAAAGCGGGAGGAUAGCUUGAGGCCAGGAGUUCCAGACCAGCCUGGGCAACAUAGUGAGAUCCUGUCUCUACAGAAAAAUUUGUUUUUAUUUGUAUUUAUUUAUUUUUAUUUUUGUUGGUAGACGUCUCGCUUUGUCACCCAGGAUGGAGUGUAGUGGCGUGAUCUCGGCUCGCUGCAACCUCCACCUCCCGGGUUCAAGUGAUUCUCCAGCCUCAGCCUCCCAAGUAGCUGGGACUACAGGCGUGUGCCCCCAUGCCCAGCUGAUUUUUGUAUUUUUAGUAAAGAUGGGGUUUCACCAUGUUGGCCAGGCUGGUCUCAAACUCCUAACCUCCAGUGAUCCACUCACCUUGGCCUCCCAAAGUGCUGGGAUUACAGGUGUGAGCCACUGUGCCUGGCCCCCACAAAAUGUUUAAACUUAGCUAGGCCUGGUUGCAUACACCUGUGUUCCCAGCUACUCAGGAGGCUGAAGCAGGAGGAUAGUUUGAGCCCAGGAGUUUGAGGCUACAGUGAGCUGUGAUUGCACCACUGUACUCCAGACUGGAUAACAGCAAGAGCCCAUCUUUUAAAAAAAGUAAAAAUUAAAAAUAUACUUGAUGGUUCAUGUCAUAGCCCUAGGAAUGAAAAAUUUGCGGUAGUCAAUAAAUGAAUGAGUAGUUAAAUAUUCUUUAAAGUCAACUGUAUUUCAUUGUAAUUUUUGUUUUCUUUUUAUCAUUGUAUCAAACUUAUGGAAAUCAUAUGGUUAGAUGUGAGUGAUUAUUUGAUAAUGUUAGUCCAUUUGAAUCCAUUUUAGAUAUUUCACAAUUAAAGAAUAUGAAACUUCAGAAAUAUGCCAAGUCUGUAUUUUAAAAAAUCAAAGAGUCUGCACUGAAAAGAGAUACCAUUUAUUUGUUCUUAAAAAUUAGCAAAAUUCAACAGACUGAUGUUCAGUAUAGGUGAGGUAUGGCGGGAAGUUAGGCUUACGUGUGGUUGGAUAAGGUAUAAACUGUCACAGCCAGUUAAGUGUGCUAUAUUCGUUUUUAGAGCUACCAUAGCAGUACCCCCAAGCUAGGUGACUUAGCAGAAAUGUAUUGUCUGGAUUCCAAAGGCUAGAGGUCCAAAACCCAGGUGUUGGCAGGGUUGGUUCCUUCUGAGGCUGAGAGGGAAGGACUGGCCCAGGCCUCCCUUUUUGGCGUUGAGUGACUGUCUCGUGUUCACAUGGCAUUCACCCUGUAUCCCCACAUCCCUUCCCUCUGCCUGUGUCGGAACAAGGACACCAGUCAUGUGGGAUUAUCACCCAUGCUGAUGACCUCAUGUUAACUUGACGAACUCUGAAGACCUUCAAAUAAAGUCGCAUUCUGAGGUACUGAGGUUAUUUGUACUAAUGUACAAAGGGAUCUGUUCAAGAAUGUGAACUGAAUAGUAUUUUUAAUGGUGAUAAACCCAUAACGUAAAUGUUCAUUAAGGGGAUAUGGGGUGCAUAAUUCCUGCCACUUUUGUUCAACAGCAAAUGUGCAAGUCUCCUUCAGGGAGAGGGUCACAGCUGGCGGCAAGCCGCCCAGUAAGAGGAAGUGUCUUGUUACGAACAGAUGAGACGGGAUCUGGUGUAUUUUCUUGCUGUGGAAGGAAAUUCAGAGAAAGUAGUUACAUACGGAUAAAGGGAGAAAUUGUCUGAAGGUAACUGGUAAAAAUAAAAUCUAAUGUAGGGGUUAACUCAUUUUUAUCAUUAUUAAGUGAAUCCCUGAUUGGAAUCAUCUCAUAAUGGCCAAAAGUAUGCUGCCAUCAAACUUGAAAUGCUUAUUUGAUUUUAAGAUUUAAGACAUCACUGGAGGUAAUGCUAAGCGUACCGUUAAUUGAAUGGCUUUUCAGGAAAUAGCAAUACCACACUAAGUAAAUAUAUCAAACUCAACAUUAAUCUUGAUUUUUAAAACGCCAAAGCCUAAAAUAUGUCUUUAAAACAAGUAAAAAAAUCAAAGGCUUACAUUUUGACGUCAGUAUGAGCUAAUUGCUACUAUGGACUAUGGAAAUUAUUUCUUAAUUUGGUCUAGAAUUUCUAGUAUCACUUUUACAGGAAUGUGGGUACUGAGUGAGGAACAUUGGGUACAUAAUCCAUAUGUAAGUGUGGAAUUUCCUCCAAAUCAAACACCUGAGUAUAGAACUUGGGAUGGGAAUUUGGUAUUUGAUCAAGAUGACAAAGCAUAUUCUCAGCUAGUUUUGGUUUUGUAGCACUGUGUUUGAUUUGCUCUUCUGUGGGUUUCUACUUCAGAGAUGAAUUAGGACAGAGCACCUCUGAAGACCAGGCAAAAGGCAGGAGUACAUAGCAGCCCUCAAGACCAGAGGAAGUCAGGGGCGGGGUUCAGGCUGCAAGCUGGAGAGCUGAGAUGCAGGGCACCAAGAGGGAUGGAUGGAGAUACUUCUUCCUGAACCAUGAGCAUUUCUAAAAGGUAGAUCAGCCUUUACAUAGUGGGAGCCAGUCACCAUCCCUCUUGCUGUUCUCAGAUGGCUGUUCCUGUUCAGCUCUUUUCUAGAGCUGAAGGGUCCAAAACUCCCUGUUAACAACUCUAAAGCUUAAAUGUGUAAGAAACAACAAUCUGAGAAAAUGCUUGUGUAUCUGGAUCCCAAGGCUUAGUUAAAUCCUGACUGAGGAAUAGGAUGCUACUUAGCCAGCUUCCUAGCUGUUCUUGUUUUUAGUUUUCUUCCAAAAAGGAACCCUGAAACUGCUAAGAAUGUAAAAGGAAGAACGCAUGUGGAUGCAAUGAAGAAAAAGGAAAAGGAGGUUAGCUAAUGAGGAUAUAUAAGGAUAUGUCACCUGAAAUCCUUUGUUUAUGGUUCAGGAAGAAAUGUACAUAGAUUCUCCACAUUUGUGUUUUAAGUAAGAACGAACACAAGAUACCUGAACACAU